UUGACGUUGCUGGCAAGCCGAAUGCUACUAUACAAACAACCAAAAUGGUUUUUAAAUAGGAUUGCAUGUUUUUAAGACCUAUGUAAAUUAAUUAUUAGGAUAAAAAAAUGUUUCUACCUCUGUGGUGCUGGUGUAGUGUAAUAUGCUUCUAUUCAGUUACGGUCUGUGUUGCUAGAAUCAUUAAAGCAAGAAGCCAUUUUGCUGGCCUUUAGGAAUUGUAAUUAUCCUAGGGAAAAUUAGGCUUAAGCAAUUAUAAAACGGACCAAUAGUAACAAUUUCAGAAGUUCUUAACAUGAGAAUUUUCUAAAAUUAAUUACUUUAAACCAACCAUUGUUGCUUGGGACAUGCACAUAUUUCCAUGCAUCUUUCAAUAUUCGUUUUGCUAAAAGGUGCCUUAUGGGUAAUGAAACUGCUAGAGACAUGGAAACAGAAUCAGUGAAGUCAGAAAACAGUUCCAGAUCGAGGCGGUCCAGGAGCAACCGUGAUAGAAAUAAUUUCAGGCAACAUUCUCAUCGUAGUACUAGAAGCACAAAAUCACGUAGAAACGACGAGAUGGCUCCUUUUCAAACGGCUGUGACUUUGACUCCUGAUAAUAGAGAUGGCCAAGAGGUGAUAGAGGUGCAAAUUCUACCCCAAGACGAUAAUUGGGGUGAAAAUACUACUGCUAUAACAGGUAACACUUCAGAGCAGUCUCAAUCAACUGAAGAUGUGAGUAACUGGCCUGGUGAGCCAGAUACAGGCUUUAGUUUUCUGUGUCAGCAAUAUAUGGGUGUCAUUAUAACAUAUGUUUUAUCAACUGUAGCAUUUCUAAGUCCAAUUGCUAUGGUGGUGUUUCCAAAACUAGGUUUUUUCUCAGCCCUAUCCUCCAAAAUAGGAUUGGUAGAUAGUGUAAAAUUAUUAGCAUGUGGGGCCGAGUGUAAAGGUCAACUUGUAUCAUUGGCAUUUAAAAUGACCAUAUUAGCAGUUGGUGCUUGGGCAGUAUUUUUAAGGAAACCUCAUUCUACUUUGCCUCGGUUUUUCAUGUUUCGCGCUGGGGUUUUGGUCUUUGUUUUUAUAUGUAGUUUUGCUUAUUGGUUGUUUUAUAUUGUCCAAGUCACAGAAACAGCCAGAGCAGCAGCUUCCCCUGAGGAAGUGGUUGAUUACAAAGCUUUAGUUGCUUAUGCACUAAGCCUUGCCGACACUCUGUUAUUUAUACACUAUUUAGCAGUGGUCUUGGUGGAAAUAAGGCACUUGCAACCCUUGUACUAUAUCAAAAUUGUUAGAAGCCCUGAUGGGGCCAGUAAAGCAUAUGGAAUUGGUCAACUCAGUAUACAACGUGCUGCAGUUUGGGUUUUACAAAAGUAUUACACCGAGUUUCCAGUUUAUAAUCCAUAUUUAGAAAGAAUCCCCGUGUCAAAAUCCCGUAAGACAUCGACAAGUUUUAAAUUUUAUGAAGUAGACGGGAUAAACAAUUCUCAUAUGCAGCAGUCUCAAUCGAGGGCUAUGCUUGCUGCGCAUGCUAGGCGGAGAGAUUCUAGUCACAACGAACGAUUUUAUGAGGAACAUGAAUAUGAGCGUAGAGUAAAAAAGCGCAGAGCUAGGCUAAUUACAGCGGCUGAAGAAGCUUUUACUCACAUAAAGCGUUUACAUAAUGAUCAAGUGCCUGCCAUACCAAUGGAUCCUCAUGAAGCCGCACAAGCUAUAUUUCCCUCUAUGGCCAGGGCUUUGCAGAAAUACUUGCGUAUAACUAGACAACAACCCCGACAUACCGUUGAUUCAAUAUUAAGCCACUUAGCUCAUUGCUUAAGCAAUGAUCUAACACCGAAAGCUUUCCUAGAGCCCUUCCUAGUAAGCGAACCUGUGCUACAAAAUGAGAAAGAGCAGAAAGAUGUCCAGACUUGGGCGCUGAUCUGCGAGGAGCUGUUGACAAGACCCAUCGGUGAUAAUGUUACUUUUCAAUUGAGACAGAAUGACGUUUCGUUGCUUUGCGUCAUAAAAAAGUUGCCUCAUUUCAAUAUUACAGAAGAGGUAGUCGAUCCAAAAAGCAACAAAUUUGUAUUGAGGUUAAAUUCCGAGACGUCUGUAUGACCCAUGUACAGUUCACUCGAUCGACUGAUAUAGGUUAGUUUUUAAGUAAGGUUAGAUUUCGUUGUCUCAAACAAUGUCAAAGUGGGUGAAAGUUUGCGGUAUUCGUUACCUAAUUUAAAUUCAAAAUGUUAAGUGAUGCUACAGUUUACCUAGUUAGUAAAAAUAUCCCAAAGUAUCAUUUACAGAAUGCAAAUGUUCGAGAUUAGAUGUUAGGAGUGUUUUUUUUUUAAAUAUUGUAAUAGCUGACUUUGAAAAUAGGUCAGAAUAUGCAAAUAGGAAAUGAUUUAAAAAGGAUCUGAAAAUCGAUGAAUUAUUGACGUUUGACACAAGAAAUUUGACAACACAGGAUUAAAAAAAAUAAUAUGAGUGGGGAAACUGAAUUUUUGGGUAAUUUAUGCCUGUGCAGUUCAGCUAAGUUCUGUUAUCUGGUAAACUGCAGGAUUAUACAUUUAUUCACUUAAUAAAUUAUUAACUUAUCAGAAAAGACAGAAGGGUUGAAAAAAUCAAAGAUUAAAUUGAAUUGGCCGAAAAGACCGCCCUUAAUUUAAGAAAUUUAUUUUCGCGUGUUUUUUUUUUUACGUUGUAAAUAAGUGUAACCCAUAAUUUAGGAGUAUGUGUAUUAACGUUUUCUCUUCGUGAUCGUGCGAAUUGUUAAAUGAUCAAUUGACUUAGCUUAAGGAAAAUAUCCUUAUUAUAUGAGUAUUACCGUUGGAAGAAUUACAUUAAGUACUUGCGACUACAAGUAGUUAUUGUAAUUCUUCGAACGGCAAUACGAAAUAUAAUUUUAAAUUAUUUGAAAAUGAUUGGAGCAUCCCCUAACCUGGGGAUAUUUGUGUCUCCUGGUGUAAGUAUAACAUAUCUGACUUUUUGAAAUGUUUAAAUUUAAUCUGAUGCACAAAAUGACGCACAUAUCCACUAUAUGUGUUUUGAAAAUAUGAACGUGUGUUAGUAGUAGUCAUAUUGUUGAAAAAGUAUAAGUAAUAUUUGGGUGAAGAUUUUUUCCUUUGUCAUUGGCGCACUAUGGUAUUCUAAAACAUUUUUGCUAAUGUACGGGUUGUCUCAGAUUUUAAAUAGGAAAAUUUAAUUGUAUACUAACUUCAAGUUCCUCAGCUCUUUUACUAGACAGAGUGUUUUCAAUUCAAUUAAGAAUACUUGCUAAUAUUUAACGGCUCCAGAAUUUGAAUUGUAACACAUUCUAUUCACAGUUAUACAAUUAUUUAACGAUAACCAUUGCACUCAUGGAAAAAUAUUUAUUUAUUUUCUUCGUUUUUAUUUAAAAUUGAGGACAUGGAUGAGAAGAUUUGGAAAAAAAAAACAAAAAAAAAUUAAUUGAUUAAUUACUAAAUUGUUUUUUGCCCAUCAAAAUUAUAAAUAUGUCAUUCUUGCACUUCAACUGGAGUAUCGUCGUACUUAAAAUUACUAGAGAAUUUUACUACUGCAUAGUAAUUUUGCCUGUUUAAAAGCUGAGUUAUUUAUUUGUGUAAUCCUUGUUUAAUUGACUGAUUUUUUCGGCAGUAUUAAUUUUUUUUUAGUUUUUCUUCUUCGGUGAAUAAAUAUUAUAACAUUGUCAAUAAUUUAUUUAUACUUAUAUUAUUAAGUAUUCAAUUAAAACUUGUAAAAAUCACGUUUAUAUCAAUAAUUACUCAAUGGCGACGAGUUAUUUUUAAUGUAAUCUCAAUGGUGUGAUGUACUUAAACCGAAACUUUCGUACUUAUUUUUAUAGGAAUUGUAAAUAUGUGAUAUAAUCAUUUUAUACAUUAAAAAAAAAACAACGUACACGUAUAUAUACAUGUCAUUAUUUACGCUCAAUUAUUUAUUUAUUGCGAAUCUCCGAAGGAGAUUUUUAUAUUUUUUGUAUUUUUCAAGUAAA